UGUAGACAGUUUGGUGCAAUUCUUCCGGCAUACACAACGUAAGCAAUCGACCUGCUCCAAGCUUAGUACUGAUUCGCGUUCGAUGAUGGCCACACAAGGUGUCCUACGAUUGGGGCUCUUAAACAUCCUCCUGGCCUUGGCCUGCGACGCCUGGCUCUUGGCCCAAUCCGGCCUAAACGAGUCCAGCUACCAUGUGCGUCAUCUCUCCAUGCAUUAUUCGCGCGUCUUUCUCAGUGUGAAUGUGGAAAAUAAUGGUUCUCCCACACUGAUCGAAGCUCAGUGGCCAGUUUCGUACUUUCCCAUGCCCACAGUGGUCUUUCCUCGACGCGAUGUCCACGCCAAUGGAGACCCCGAGGACUGCUCUCUGGUGCAGCAGGCGCACUGGUCCCAGGUGGAUGGCCUGAGUAGGCUUUGGGUCAUGGACGUGGGAUUCCCGGAUGGAAAGUGCCCUCCGCGAUUGUUUGUCUUCGACUUGAUGCGCAAUAAUGCGGAGCUGCUACGCAUUGAUUGUGGAAAGCACAUACCUCGAGAGGAAACCCAAUCCCUGGUGGUGCAAAUGGGUCCUAAGGGCUCUGAUUGCGAGCAGGAGCGACAUAUAUACUUCAUCUUUGGCCAGCUAUCGGAGCUAGUUGCCUAUGAUAUUCUGGAGCAGACCUGGAGUCUCAGAUCUCUGGCAAGCCACAAAUACGAGAUGAUGAACCAAACCUUUCCGAUAACACCCGUGGACUUUACAUUCGGCCUGCAAGGAGAACUGAUCCUAGCCGACCAGGAUGGUGCUCUCUACAGCACCGUGGAGAGAAUGGAAAUAAAUGGAAGAAACGAACUGAAAUCAAAUUCUCUUAACAACGACUUGCAACUCACUCCUUUGGGCAACUUACUGGGCACUAGCCGCAGCAUGAUUAUGGAUUCAUUUGGAACUCUGUACUACGUAAUCCCCAAAUUCGGAGCAGUAGUGCGAUGUACUAAACUAUCCAACAUCACAGCUGAGAGCAAUGAAAUCAUAUACCUCACAUCCAAAAACAUUCAACAGAUAUUUUUUGCCUCCAACGAAGCUUUAUGGGUGCUAAGUGAUCGUGUUUUAAAGGCACAGGACAUGUGCUUUCCAAACUUAUAA